AUGAAAGCCUGUAUUCGCCUUAGGGCGUCCCGCGAACAAGGAGUUGACAGCUUCGCUUCGGAGGAAAAUGACCCUCGUCUACAGCCCGAUGCAGUUGGUAUCAACAGUCUGCCCAACGAGUUGAUGCUCACUAUAUUCUCUUAUCUGAACACUCGAGAGCUGUUGCUUUGUGCUUCAGUCUGUGAGCGCUGGCGUCAUGUCUCCUCAGACAGGCACGUUUGGAGCCAGCGUUUACGGCGCGCAGUCUGUCUCUUUUGGACGACAAUAGUCUGCGAUCAUCAGCCCAUUCCACGAGGCUGUCUUCCCGGCAUCCAUAACGAAGCGCAUCCUCGUGACAUUUACGUGUUUCUGGUACGAUUUGUCUCCAGUCCCUGUCGCCAUCGUGAAUACCAACAGGACAUGGGCCUAGCGACAAGUCGAUGGUCGGUUAUGUUGGCGCUCGACGAGGACGAAGAGACGGCUGAGAGUCGAGCAACUCGUAAGGGCCAGGUGAAAAGUGAAGAAGAUGAAGAGUAUGCUGAGACUGCUGCCAGCCUGACCAACAGUCUGCAAACCAGCGUGACCAGUCUGGUGCUAAACUGGUGGGAACAGAUGAUGCGCUCCCUUUACUGGCUGGCAUCACCGUCGUCGGCCGCGCUGUCGCAGAUGGCCGGCUCAUGUAAUCAGCGACUCGCGGUCCUGGGGCCGGGGUUCGACCGACGCGCCACUAGUCACCUAUUUCGUAAGAUUGUCGGCACAGACAACUACGCCUUCGAGCCGGUCACCAUGUUUCCUGGCCACUUGGGUUUUGGAUCUGGCCUCACUCUGCGUCUCUCUGCAGAAGCACAGCAAAUGGCCAGCAUUGUAGAGGAGGCCGUCGAUCUUGUGGCGGCUGCUGCUGUUGCCGCCUCAACGACUCCACGUCAAAGAGAGGAGGAUUUUCUUUUUGAUCUUAUCCACUUGUACUCGUUGAGCGGUCAUCUUAACCACAACUUUGAGGAUCAGUUUUCACGGAUUUGCAUGAGUCGGCUAUUCAAACGAACAACUCAACCGCCACAGGUCACUGAGGCUGAGGUUUUGCUCGGACUACGCGUUUCUGAGGCUAUGCAGCAGUUGAGUCGUGAGCUCACCGGUCUCAUCUACGUUGUGGAUGCCCGCGAUCGUCUCGACCAAUUGAGCUACCUGCACGCCGAGCUGGCCGCCAUUUUACGCGGUUUUCCUGCAAAUACGGCCGACCAGUUGCCGGUGCUCAUUCUCUAUGUUAUGCCAAAAGAGGAGAUUGUACUACGUCCCGAAACGGAGCCGAUUCAAUUGCCUCUGUUUCCCGGGCAACCGGCCAAUUGCAAUAUUUUCCGCGGUUACCGGUUCACGUUGUCAUGGCAGGGUUCACUGAUCACCCCGAUUGUGGCAAUGCGACUAUUCGAGCUGGCCAACCCGUGGAGACUUCAGAAGUGCGCCAGCAAUGAUGUAAUCUCUUUCAUUCAGGGCAUGCUCUGGCUCAAGUCGAAAGUUUUGAGUCGUUAG